AUGAAUCUAGCCAUACUCUCUUAUCAGACGCUAACAAUUUGCCUAUUAUUUAUGGUUCAAGACUGUUUUGAGUUGGAUAAUAUUUCUUUUGGUGAUUUUCCUUUUAUGAUGCGCCCCUUCAAAAUUCAGGUUACUUGUUAUGUCUACUUCACACGUAUCGUUGUCUAUCUACUUUGCAUCACUAUUCCAUUUUGGUCGGCUUGGGUUGUGGAGCUUUUCAAAGAAAGCGUUAUGCUUGCCUUCUGCGUGGCUGUGGGCGUCAAAUUUCGACCUAUCGACGACAACCCAUAUCUACAAUUGGGCUCUGAGGAUGAAGAGAGUGACCCUGGCGAGGACACUCUAAUGGAGUGCAUUCAGAUUGAGUCUGCCGCUAUAACAACUCAAAGUUAG